AUGUAUAUUUUCAGCUGGCUUUUCAAAAAUCCCCUAGCCAUGCCUAUAGAGACCAUGGACGAGGUACCAUAUCGGUCACCCGUACCACUUCAAUGGGAGUUGGCUCGACAGACAGAAAUCUUCCUCGAAGACUCACUAUGGCCGCAAGCUUAUAGCCUUCUUUUCAAUGUCCUUGCAUCGGGCACGAUCUCAUCAACAAAAGCAGUGAUUCCACUACCGCAGCAUCUGGCCGUCGCAGCUACGAUGCUCGUGCACCCAAGAACGACAACGCGCGCCGAGUCGGAGUACGAAAAAGAAGCACCCAACGCAGCUUUGCGAUUUCUUCGACUGACGAAUUCCCUUGUUGGCCCCGUGGAUGCAAAGUUUGACCUCGCUUUCAACUUCACCCAGCUUGCAUCUUCGCGACAGGGUAGGCGGCGCGGGGAAAGUCCGAUGCUCAUUGAGCACGACAAUCCGGAUACCAGGCCUCUGAAUACGAAAUUCAACCAAGCUUCUUCGCUGUGGCACUGCGCAGAGGACUUCUGGCACACCGUCGGAUGGGCAUUUAAUUGUUCGGUACUUCACCCCGCGCGGUGGGAGCGCUGGCAGAUAUGGCUCCAGUUUAUGUGCAACGUACUCGAAGAUGACUGGAAAGAGCACGAAAAAAAAUACCUAGAGGCAAAACAAAAUCAAAGGGAUACCUCGGUUUUGCCGGAAGUGUCAGGGAAGUCGGAGGGGGAGCCCGCGCCAGGCGCUGAACCUGUUAAGAAAGAAAUACGCAGGGGCAGACCUAAGGUCGAGGUAGUUGUGGAUAUUGAUCUUGCAAUCUUUCGAGAAAGUCUGAUCUUCCGUUACAUCACCUCGAACACCACAGCUGGACGGAACCGCAGAAUUAUGCGGGCAAUCUUUGCUAAUGGCAAAUCAAACCUCGGCGAGUUCAAGGAGGUAUUCAAUGAUGAACUGAAAAUUCCUGUGCCCGAACAAGACUCCCAUGAUACCAAGAAGAGGGCAGGUGAUAUCAACCUCGACAAAGAUGACUAUGGCGACUACCUGGACAAUCCAGACGAGGAUUUCGAAGCUGACCAAAGCUCAACCUCGGUAUCACCUCCAGCCAAGGGAUCGAAGGUCAGCAAGCCACGACGUAGCAAGCGCACCCGACGAGGAACACGAAACACAAUGGACGAAGCCACAGACCCCAUCAAGCUGGCCAAAGGAAAUCAAGCACCCUCCCACGAAAGCAAUAUAUCCCCGCUAGGCGGCUACACCUCCCUCGCCCUCCGCCAACAACUCCUCGGCAUCCUCUCCAGCGUCUCGGAAAGACUACCCCGGGAUUUCCUGCCCCUAGACAACCUCUACGACAUGUUCGUCGAGAAUAUCCGCGACCUUUCCCUCCCGCUAUUCCAACACUUCAUCAGCCCCUCCAACCUCCCGCACCUCCUCCCCGAAGCGCACUCUACUCUCUGCGAACUCCUCCUCUUCGUCUUCCGCGAGAGCUCCGCACCAGCCUCCGACAACAACUACCUUACCCAGGCCAAGCUGGAGAAAUGCUUCCUCCCCUACGGAGCGGCUACCCCGAACGUUGGGAACAAUGCCAAGGUCUCCCUUCUGCUCGAGGCGCUGAUGACACUCCUGCAUAAGAACAAUAUGCUCUCUGUGACCCCGUCUCUGGCUAAAGCUGUUCAGUCUGGGAUUACGCGUCGGGAGCAGGCUAGUCGUGACCGGGACUCGAUUGAAUGGACUUAUUUGCAGGAGAGUGGGUUCAGGAUGAGGUUUAUGGUCGAGCAUAUCCUACCAUGA